GGAGCGCAGCGGGCCGGGGGCCGCGCACUGAGGGGCGGCGGGCGGCGGGCGGCGGGCGGCGGGCCUCGGGCCACGGGCGCUGCACCCUGCGCUGCGCCGAGCAGUCCGAGCCGGGGCUGUCUGGCCCGCGGUGUUGUUGCCGCUGUUGCUCCUGUUGCCUCUCUUGGCCGGGUGAGGAAAGGCAGCAGUAUGGCUAGCGUGAUAUCCCGGCGUCUGGGUAAGCGGUCCCUCAUGGGAGCCCGGGUGGUAGGUCCCCCUGGAACAGGAACUUCCUUGGAACCUCAGCCUGAGCUACUGGAGGCAGUGGCUGCCCAGCCGUGCCUCACCACAAAGGAUGCUUCCUGUCAAGAGAAGCCCAAGGAGGUCCUCAGGGCUCCUGUAGGCCUGCCUCAGGUGGUCUUUCAGCCUGGACAGAAGGUAUUUGUGUGUUAUGGGGGUCAAGAAUGCACUGGGCUAGUGGAGCAGCACAACUGGGCAGAGGACAAAGUGACCGUGUGGCUGUUGGACCGGAAGCUGCAGAUUUGCUGCAGAGCGGAGGAGGUGUGGCUGGCUGAGCUGCAGGCGCUGCCCCCAGAACCAGGCACCCAGACCCCCAUCUACAGACCUGUCUCUAGGAACAUCGAUGUCCCCAAGAGGAAGUCGGAUGCAGUGGAGAUGGAUGAGAUGAUGGCUGCCAUGGUGCUGACAUCCCUUUCCUGCAGCCCUGUCGUGCAGAGUCCUCCUGGGGUCGAGGCCAACUUCUCUGGUGAGGAAGGGGGCUCAGUGUCCCGCAUGGCCUGUGACCCGUGGAAGGAGAGUGGAGACGUGUCUGACAGUGGCAGCAGCACCACCAGUGGGCACUGGAGCGGAAGCAGCGGCAUCUCCACCCCUUCUCCUCCCCACCCCCAGGCCAGCCCCAAGUAUUUGGGGGAUGCCUUUGGUUCUCCCCACACUGACCAUGGCUUUGAGACUGAUCCCGAUGCUUUCCUGUUGGAUGAACCAGCUCCACGCAAAAGAAAGAACUCAGUGAAGGUUAUGUAUAAGUGCCUGUGGCCAAGCUGUGGCAAAGUUCUGCGUUCCAUCGUGGGCAUCAAAAGGCAUGUCAAAACCCUCCACCUGGGGGACACCGUGGACUCUGACCAGUUCAAGCGGGAGGAGGAUUUCUACUACACGGAGGUGCAGGUGAAAGAGGAGGCUGGCACACCCGCAGUUGACCUGGCGUCUGUCCCUGGCAUGGCCAGCCUGCCUCUUGCCAUUCUCCCACAACCUCCUCCCAAAGCCCCGUCCUCCACCUCCGAACGCCCCGGCUUAGAGUCCUGCCUGCCCUCCAGUGCUCUCAGCAAGUCAGCUCCCGGCUCCUUCUGGCACAUCCAGGCUGACCACGCUUACCAGCAGGCCCUGCCAUCCUUCCAGAUCCCUGUCUCACCCCACAUCUACACCAGUAUUAGUUGGGCAGCUGCCCCCUCCACCACCUCCUAUUCUCCGGUCCGGAGCCGGUCACUAAGCUUCAGCGAGCCGCAGCCACCACCACCUGCCAUGAAAUCUCACCUGAUUGUCACUUCCCCACCCAGGGCUCAGAGCAGCACCAGGAAAGCACGUGGGGAGGCCAAGAAGUGCCGCAAGGUGUAUGGCAUUGAGCACCGGGACCAGUGGUGCACUGCCUGCCGCUGGAAGAAAGCCUGCCAGCGUUUCCUGGACUGAGCUGUCCUGCCAGCGACCACUGCAGGCUGGCCCUGAUGACAGAUGCAUCACCAGCCCGAGAGCAGAACCCAGAAAGAGAAUUUGACUAUGGGAGCUUGGGCUCUCUUGGCUAAGGCUUAACACUCAGAACAUUGUAUUUUUUUUUAAAGAAACAACAACAAAAAAAUUGUUUUUCCCUUUUAAGAUAAGUGAGAGCCAAACUGGACCUAGGGUAUUCUGCAACAAACCAGAGACCAAAGAUUUAAUGCCAUCCCCACCCCCUCCCCCAUUCUCUAGGGGAUUAGUUGGUAGGAUCAGCUGGAGGAACAGCUCCUUCUGUUUAUUGCUGAGUUGGGGAAUUCUUUGGUUUCUCAACUCCUCUGGAAGGGAAUGUAAGAUGAAUUUACUUUUCUUAAAAAAAAAUGGGAGAAAGAAAUGCCAAGUUUGCAGCUGACAUGGAGCAGGACCUGUGCACUGAGGCGGGGAAGGGGAGAACUCUCUGCUUAGGAAGAUGCUGCCUCCCUCUCUGUCUGAAUCUGGGGGAAGGUGCUCAGAUCUUUAUAAGCAAUUUCCCCAGCGGUGAACCAAUAGGCUUUGAACCUGAAGCUCUGUCUGCCUCAGAGUCUGUGGCAGAGCCAUUACACCAGCUCGGCACUCUGCUUACAAGCAUUUCCAUGGAAGCGAAGGGAACAUCCUUCUGGGAUUCACAGCUCUGAGUCUGUUCCCGUAAAACACCGGGCUGCAUCCCACACAUCUUAUAGAACUUCUCAAAGUCCAGCGUCAAAGGUUUCUCAAAACUGUCUCUCAGUUCCUGAGCCAAAAGGCAAUAUGUAAAUUCCACAUCCUGAAUUGUGACAGUUCUGACACUACUUUAGUCCUUCUUUUCCUUGAGGAAACCCUAGAGGGCUGUAGUAUCUGAAAGCUCUCUCCUAGCCCUGAAUAAAGCUCGGCUUGCCAUUUCUGUCCUUCAGUCAGAAAAAUGACACCUCUGGGCACUAUGUCCUCUUGUUAUAGAGGAUUUAGAAGCUUUUUUUUUUUUAAAUCUAAUUCAAGUUUCUUUUUAUCCAAGAUGCCCUUAAGAGGCACCCUUGGGGUUUUUUGGGUUCACUAGGGAUUUUUCCCAGCUCCCUCCUACCUGAAGUUGUAGGUAGAUCGGACCAACAAGGGGUGGGAGGAGGAGGGACAGAGAAGAGAAUAGCUAGGCCAGUGGCAGUUUUUGCUCACCUUGGAGAGAAAAUUGACAGGCCAUUGAUUGUCCUGUUGGCACCUCUGCCCAUUUGGGGGACAAUCUGACCUGCCUCCGAUAGUCACAGGUUAGUUAAUGCAGAAGGUUCUGAUUUUGCCUUGUCAGUGCAAUUCAGACCAAGGGGAGGGGCAGUUUGGUGGGGUGCAAAUUCUCCAGUACCUUUAGGGCAUUUCUUUUUGCAUGAAGGUGCAGGUUAGGGAAAAGCUACAGAGUGAGGGCCAGACUCUAAAUGAUGAGGUGACCUUGCAGCUCAUGGCUGUUUCUAUGGCUGUUUGCAGUCUCUGGAGUUUCUGGGGACUGCAGGAAUGGAGGGAGUCUGGCUGGCAUUGCUGGAGGUGAGAGCACUUGGGCAAAGCAGCUCUUUCUGAGAGGGAAGGAGAGGUGGGUUUUGUGCCAUGCCAUCCAGUGACAAACCAGUUAGCUGAGCUCUGGAAGGAGGGCAGGUAUUUGCUUGGCGGCCUCACAUUUCUUUCCAGUUGGAACCUGCUUGAAUAUGACCAGCUGGUGCCCAACUGUCUCAGGAACAAGUCCUGGACUGACGUCUCCUAUGGUAGCAGUUUAGGAAAUCCCAUCAUACCGCCUCUCCCAGAACAGAGUAGCAUGGUCUACCUGUGGCUGCUGGAGACCCUUUGACCACAUCCCUGUGGGAAAUGAGCAGCUGCAUUUCCAUCAGUGCCCACUGAGUGCUAGAAAUCCUGCACAUAAACAUAAGACAAGGGGCAGGUGUUGUGAAAGGUGACGAGGACCUGGGUUUAGGGAAAGAGGAACUGUUGCCCGGGUGAAAAUGGGUCUGCUUCCCUAACAGUUAAAGCAAGGAGUGUGGAGUUCUGUCCAUGAGUGUAACACCAGACCAGCCAGAGGUAACUCCCCUCCUCACCGCUGCUUCGUGCCCCUUGCCCAUCCUGAGAAGGGUAGGCUGACAGCAGGUGGUGUGUAUCCUCACUCAACUGCCCAGGAUGUCUGUCUGUUUUCAGGCCUUGUGGGUGAGGAAAGAGAGCAGUUGAGACUCAGGAUUCUACCCAGGAGCUUUUCCCUUCUGAAAUCAGAGCUCUUGCAGAGUCUUGUUGUUCCAAAAGUUGUUUUCCUUCCCUCUUCCCCGAUCUAGACUGUGUACAUAUAACUGGAUAUAAAGAUUUUUUUUCCCUGAAUGGGGUAGGCUUCUCAUGUCACUGGUAUGUGGGACAGGAAAGAAAGCAAGAAAGAGGAUAUUGAUGAAGCAGUUUCAAAACAGAGGUAGCUUCAGUGAUUUUUUUAAAUGCUUAGUGUUGCAUCACCCCAUGACUUCACCCCAGUCUCCUUGCUGGUGGUGGGGCUGGCUCUGACCUCCCUCUCCCUUGCUCUUCCAUCUGUGGCUGUUGUGUUGGUUCUUGGCAUGUAGUCUGUCCUUGGGGGUCACCCCGUUUGUUUAUUCUCUCAAGGUAGAGAUUUGUGUUCUGAUUCAGAUGUCAUGCCUGUUUUUUUUCAUCUCUGUCUCUCUCCCUUCUUAGCCUACCUUCCUAUCCCUCCCUCCCCUCCCCAGCUACAUAUCUGAUAAAUGGAUGCCCUAGGUAUGUUCUGGAAACCAACAGGACUGAUUUUUUUUUUUCCUCCAAGGCAAUUACCUUGGGAAAAAGCUAUUCUAGGGAUAUUCCUCUUUUGGAGAAGGAUUUUGAGAGUUGCCUUCAGAGUCUGUGGCAAUUACUUUGAAGAACUUUUCAUGAUAUGAAAUCUGUACCCAUGCCCAUUUGGUGCAGGGGAAAUAAGUGGAGACAGUCAAGUCUGGUCACAGGUACUACAGGCAUGGAUGGACUGGACUUAAUUACGUGAUUUUUUUUGUAAGCCAACUGUAAAAACAAUCUUAUCAUUUCAGAGAGCUUGUGGAGGUAGUUCUAGCAAUACAUUGUUAUCAUAAGCUUGAUCCCUCAGAAGACAUAGUUAAUUUGGAUGUGGAGACUCCAGUUUGUGUGAAGACAUCUGUUCUGUUGCUUUCCGGUCCUCCCAGGUGCUGACUUUAAAAGGGGCAUAGAGAAAGAAAAAAAAAAGGGAGAAGGAUGUAAACCCCAUCUGUGAACUUGUCUCAUUCAUUGGCAUCCCCCUCAGCUGUCUUCCAAGUAUUAUUUUUACUGUUAAAAAAACUUUUUAAAAAUGUGAAGUGUAAUGUUUUUACAGCAACAAUAUGAAAUAUAUUUUAUAAGGAAUAAAUGGUACAUUGUCUGA